UCAUAAACAAAUCGCUCCAGCUUGGGAUCUCUGAGCUGUUACCUAAGAACAACAAGCAGAACUCGUUCAGUGUUUUGGAGCUUUUGGACGUCUUUGUCUCCUCGUUUUCCCCAAACUUGCUUCUAUUCCUUUUUUUUUUUUUUUUUCUUUGUUCACUCCUCCAGCUCCCUCCUCUCUCCGCUCACUCAGCUCCAGCUGGGCCGGACCACUGACGCUGCUCAGGGAAGGGGUUGGUGUCUGCAUGUCUCCAUCGGGAACUUUUUUUUCUUUUUUUUUAAACUUACACCACUCUUUCUGAGUGCUGGGCAAGCUUUGUUUGAAAGAGGAGAGACACCCCCAUGGUGCUGUGAUUUGACUAAACAAACAGCCAGGCUCAGAGCAGCGCCUCCUCUCAACAGACUCCUGGGACAGCAGAGAUUAACCUCAGACUCUGGACAUCUGAGGGAUCUGAGCAUUUGAAGCAGCAGCGCCUGUGGAGACAAGCAGCUUCAAUUUUUUUCUUGCGCUUGCCGGCAACUUUCUUGAACAGGGAGGGGAACUCAUCAGUGCCUCCAGAACAGCUCUGAAGAACAAAUGAGUUCGAAGGCGUUCACUAUGAGGAGGCUGACAGUUACAUUUACAGCUUGGCUGUGUUUCUGCUGUGGAGCACGCUGUCUGGAGGUCACACCUGAGGACAAAGAAGUCGUCCUGGCCAAAGGCUCUUCCCUAACCCUCACAUGCUCCGGCCUCAGGGAGACAACCUGGGAGUUCAAGAAGGAUGAACCUCCCUACUUUCAGGAGGACAACGCCCAAAAUAGUCGUCAAAGCUAUCAGAUUGUGCAAAACGGCAUCUACUCCAGUGUUCUUACCCUGGUGAAUGUGAGCUGGCGGCACACUGAGGUCUAUCAGUGCACUGAUCGGUACACUGGCGAAACCAAGGAGGUGGCUGUGUUUGUUGCAGAUCCUGACGUAUGGUUUGUGAAGAGUGACCACGGCAUGGUACCCAAAAGUGAGGAAACCACCAUCCCAUGCAUGGUCACCAACCCCGACAUCGCCGUCACGCUGCAUGAAAAAAGCUCCCACAUGCCCAUCAGCGGGCUGUACGUUCCCACUGAGGGGUUCAAGGCACCCCUGGAGGAAAGGACGUAUUUCUGUCGUGGCGAGCUGAACGGCAAAGUGAAAGACUCUCAGGACUUCAACGUCUUCAGCAUUAUUGCACAAGAGACCUUUGAAACUUAUGUCAACGCUUCAAAGACGGUCCUGAAGCAGGGAGAGCCGCUGACUGUAAACUGCACCGUGCAAGGAGUUGAGCUGGUGAAUUUUUCCUGGGAGACUCCCAGCGGUGAGCUUGGGAAAGUGGAUCCACUGACUGAAAUCCUGUCGUCCAUAACCAUGCGCUCCUACCUGAUGUUCCCUGGCACCACAAUGGCCCACAGUGGAACCUACGUCUGCUUCGUCCACGAGCUCGUUCAAGACCAGAUGGCUCAAGCCAGCAUCGACAUCACAGUGUUUGAAAAAGGUUUUGUGGACGUGAAUCCAGCUCAGCCAAAAAACAUUUCCACCAAAGUUCAGGAGAACGUGGAACUGCGAGUGGAAAUCAACGCCUACCCGCCCCCUCAGAUUCUGUGGACCAAAGAUGGCGCCGCCAUCAAAGGAGACAAAAGCAUCACCAUCAAACAAGUGAACGACAUCAGGUAUGUCACCAUUCUCACGUUGGUGAGGGUGAGGAUGGAGCAGAAAGGACUGUACUCUGUCCUCGUUAGAAAUGAGGAUGACUCAAAGGAAGUGGCCUUUGACCUGGAAGUACAUGCUCCCUCUCAGAUUAAGGAUCUGUCUGACCACCAUCUGCCAGGAAACAGACACUUGGUGACCUGCAUCGCAGAGGGAGUCCCAACUCCGAGCAUCCAGUGGUACAGCUGUGACAGCAUGUUGAAGUGUAGCAACCACACAUCAGCAUGGAAGCCACUGAUCCCACAUGCAGAGGAGCUGAGCAUCCAAACCAAUGUGAGCUACAGUGAGGCACGGAAACUGAGUCGAGUGCGCAGCCAAGUGACCUUCCUCAAGCCUCAGCAGGUCACAGUUCGCUGUGAGACCACCAACCAAGCAGGACUCACCGAACGGAGAGACAUCAAGCUGGUGUCGAGCACACUCUUCUCCCAGGUGACUGUACUGGCUGCUGUUUUAGCCUUAGUGGUCAUCAUCAUCAUGUCCAUCAUCAUCCUCAUUGCUGUGUGGAGGAAGAAACCUCGCUACGAGAUCAGAUGGAAAGUGAUUGAAUCGGUGAGUCAGGAUGGACACGAGUACAUCUACGUGGAUCCCAUCCACCUGCCCUAUGACCUGGCCUGGGAAAUGCGCAGAGACAACCUGGUUCUGGGUCGCACUCUUGGAUCGGGAGCGUUUGGCAGGGUGGUCGAGGCAACUGCGUAUGGUCUCACGCACUCCCAGUCCAGCACAAAGGUGGCUGUGAAAAUGCUCAAAUCCACUGCCAGGAGGAGUGAGACCCAGGCUCUCAUGUCAGAGCUGAAGAUCAUGAGCCACCUUGGUCCUCAUCUCAACAUUGUCAACUUGCUCGGAGCUUGCACCAAACAUGGCCCUCUCUAUCUGGUGACCGAGUACUGCCGCUACGGUGAUUUGGUGGAUUACCUGCACAGGAACAAGCACACCUUCCUGCAGUACUACGCCGAGAAGAACCAAUACGACGGCUGCCUUAUUUCUAGGGGAAGCACGCCUGUCAGUCAGAGAAAAGGCUAUGUGUCCUUUGGGAGUGAGAGCGAUGGAGGCUACAUGGACAUGAGCAAAGACGAGCCCUCGAUCUACGUCCCCAUGCAGGAGCAGAUGGACACCAUCAAAUAUGCCGACAUCCAGCCGUCUCCGUAUGAGUCCCCCUAUCAGCAGGACCUCUACCAGGAUCAAGGAGGCACCAGACUGGACUUGGUAAUUAGUGAUUCUGCCAGCCUCACCUAUGAAGACCUUCUAGGUUUCAGCUACCAAGUGGCCAAAGGGAUGGAUUUUCUCGCAUCAAAAAAUUGCGUCCAUCGUGACCUGGCUGCCAGGAACGUGUUGAUCUGCGAAGGCAAGCUGGUGAAGAUUUGCGACUUUGGCCUGGCCAGAGACAUAAUGCAUGAUUCCAAUUACAUCUCCAAAGGAAGCACCUUCCUGCCCCUGAAGUGGAUGGCACCAGAAAGCAUUUUCCAUAACUUGUACACCACCCUGAGUGAUGUGUGGUCAUACGGCAUACUCCUUUGGGAAAUCUUCACUCUGGGUGGAACCCCCUACCCAGAUUUGCCCAUGAACGAACUGUUCUACAAUGCGUUAAAAAGAGGAUAUCGGAUGGCCAAACCUGCCCACGCUUCAGACGAAGUGUAUGAAAUCAUGAAGAAGUGCUGGGAUGAGAAGUUUGAGAAGAGACCUGAGUUCUCCUUGUUGGUUCACAAUGUGGGAAACAUGCUGACGGACAGCUAUAAGAAGAGAUACAGCCAAGUGAACGAAAACUUCCUGAAGAGUGACCACCCGGCAGUGGCCCGCACCAAACCCCGCCGGACCUCGCCCUUUCCCGCCGCCAGCCCCACAUUUGGCUCCCUAUCUCCUGUCGCCUUCUCCUCCUCCUCUCCGGGUCCCACAGCCAACAACUGGAGCCAGAGGCCUGGAGAGCGCAGGCACGAAGCAGACGGGCAGGAAGUCGUAACUCCAUAUAAUGAGUACAUCAUUCCCAUCCCGGACCCCAAACCAGAGGAAGCUUUCGGCAGCAUGCCGUCAGAAAGCCCUGAAAGCUCUCUGGCUGCAGAGGAAGAGGAGACUGACUCCAUGUCGCAGGACACAGCAGAGACUCUUCCAGAGGAUGAGCGGCUGGAGGACACCAGCGAAAGAGAUGCUUUGCUGGGCUCCUCGGAAACCCCCGAGGUAGAAGACAGCUUCCUGUAGCCAUGUGUACAACUCAACACAUUUUCCUUUUUCCUCACGGGAGAAAAAAACUCAAAUGUAGCAAAACUGAGAGGAAAAAGUAAACGUCUGUAGAUCUGUGUAGCACUCAUACUGUCUCUUAUGUUAAGUACUGAUUAUGAUGCCACCUUGCUGACACUUUAGGAAACUUAACACUAAAGGGUACUAUCACCUUUCUAUACUGUCAGCUUAAACAAAAUAGUGAUGUAUUUUUUAUUUCAAAUCUAAACCACAUUAUAAAAAAAAAAAUAUAUUCUUUUUAUGUUGUAAAAUGAACCUUUUGGAUCUUACAGGUAACGUUUAGGAAGAGCAAAUGUUUUUCAUGUUUUAAGAGAAAAAAAAUCCAUAAAAAAUAGAAUUUAUUUUAAAUUUAAUUAGCACAAUAUGAGCUAUUGAAUCAUUUUUUUAAGGUCAGCUUUUGGAUUUUCUCUCUUGGGGUACUAUCAGCAGAUUUACUCUCUGUGCCGAAUGUUUGUAAAAUAUCACGUGUAGGACUUGAAGUACAGAUUUAUUUCCUCGUGCACUGUUUUAAAGUGAGAUGUACUUUUUUAUGUAGCUCCACAUUCUACAGUGUUUCCAUAUGUGAACUUUGUAUAGCAUCUUGCAAUGGGUUUCUCUUUUGUGUAGAAAUAAUUCAUAGUUGUGUGCCAGUUGCACUUUAUAUAGACGAAAAAAAUGGACACACAGUAUGUUAAAGAUGUAUAAGUUCCACUCUGAGAUAUAGAGCCACUAGAGCAUGACUAUAAGACUGUUACCAUGUCCAGGAUAUCCUUUGUGAGGAAAGAUGUCUCUCGAUCAAUGCAGCAUAUCACUGCCUUAGCACAAGAUGGCACACAUGAGUGCCUUUGUAUUGACUUUUGACUUGCAGCUACAUAAAGUAUGAAGGGCUACUAGACAGCUGUGCACAUGUUACGCUUGUAGUCUUCCUUUAGCUCUUUCAUCACCUGAAACACCUUUUCAUCCCUACACGAUCACGUUGUCACAAGCUACGGUACCAAAGCUCUUUUUAACGUUUACAAAAUGUAUUUUUGUAUGUGUCGUUUUAUAAAUGUGUCAAUAAAUGCGUACUAUCAACA